CGAUAAAGGGAUACAAAACAAGCUAAUUGAUAUUGUGGAGAAGUUAAGAGAGAGAAAAGAACUAGGUAUAUAUAUAGAUAGGUCAUUAGUAGCAGAACAUAAAGAAGAUAGAGAAGGGAAAAGGAUAG